AUGAAGUCUUUUCAGGUAGCGGUUGUGCUGUUCCUAUAUUGUGCAGGAUGCUUGAGCGAGCAACUCCGCUUCGAUAACCACAAAGUAUAUUCCAUCACUAUUCGAAACGAAGAGCAACUAGCUGCAUUAAGAGAACUUGAAGCUUCCCCAAACGAGUAUACCUUCUUGGACAUUCCGUCGGCCAUCAACUCCAGCAUACAGUUAGUAAUUCCACCAUACAGGGAAAAACAGUUUCAACAAAUCACGGAUCUAUUGGGUCUCGAUCGAUUCCUAGUUUCCAACAACCUUCAAAGUGCCAUAGAUAACGAACGACCCAAUCGGUACAAACGUACUGGCUUUGGGUGGGAUGACUACCACACACUGGAUGAGAUCUACGCCUGGUUGGACGAAAUCCAGCCCUUACACUCUGGUGUUAUGUCCGUGGAAAGUAUUGGCAAUUCGUACGAAGGACGCGAAAUCAGACUCGUAAAAAUUUCCUACAAAGAAGGGAACCCAGGAAUUUUUGUUGAUGCUAAUAUUCAUGCCCGGGAGUGGAUCACCUCAGCUUCCGUUACAUGGAUACUGAAUGAACUGCUAACGUCAGAAAACGUUGCUGUACGCCAUCUAGCUGAGAACUACGACUGGUAUAUCGUGCCGGUGGUGAACCCCGAUGGAUUUGCCUAUACUCAUACGACGAAUCGAUUGUGGAGAAAAACGAGAUAUCCGUAUACUGUUCUUUGCCAAGGAGCCGAUCCCAACCGAAACUUCGAUUUUCAAUGGAACAAUGGUGGUGCGUCACUGAAUCCUUGCUCAGACGUAUACGCAGGGCCACAUCCUGAGUCGGAAAUCGAGGUGAAAACAAUCUCGAACUUCAUCCGGUCGAUUGCCCACAAGCUGUCUUUAUACCUGACGAUUCACUCAAGAGGCCAAUAUAUUCUGCUACCAUUCGGUUACAAUGCAGCUCCCUAUCCGCCCAACUACAAGGACUUGAUGCAAAUUGGGAAGCGAGCUACCGUUGAUUUGUACAAGGUUCACCAGAAGCCAUAUCGAGUCGGAACGACCGCGGAUGUGCUUUAUACUGCCUCAGGAAUUUCCGUAGAUUGGGCUUACGGUGUUGCGAAUAUUCCACUGUCAUACACCUUCGAGCUUCGUGACCAAGUUGAGUUCGGUUUCAUUUUACCAGCUGAUCAGAUUGUUCCGAAUGCCGAGGAGUUACUAGGGGCGUUUAUUGGACUGAUUGACGAGUCCCAGGUGUUGGGAUAUUUUUGAGAAUGUUACUUUCAGAUAAUGAUCGUAAUAAAAGAGUUAGCUCAUGUGUUAA